GGAUGGGGGAUUUGGCUAUUGAGUCUCUGCGGGCCUGGAACGGAUCCCGCUUUCUUCAGCGAGGCUUUCCCUACUCGGGAUGCGCUCAUCGUGCCUGUCAAGUUACGAUGGAGCGACGUCGGAGAAAGCGGUGUCGGAUCUUACGAUCUUAUCAACCACCUUAAAAAAGCCAAUUGACUUCUCCGCAUCCGCAGAUAUUUCGGAGGUUUCUUCAGGAGUAUUGUACUCUCGAGUACGUCAAUAGUCUUUCGAUUGAGAGUUCAUAGCAGACAAUGGCCCUACAAAAGAAUAUUCUUAUUGUGGGAGGAGGAGUUUUCGGGCUAUCAACCGCCCUCUCCCUCUCAUCCCGCCACCCAUCCUCUAAAGUAACCCUCCUCGAAUCCUCCCCCACAAUCCCCAACCCCGAAGGCUCCUCCGUCGACACCUCGCGCAUCGUCCGCGCCGACUACUCCAACCCCGUGUACUCGAAGCUCGGCGCCGCAGCCAUCGACCGCUGGCGCAACACCGAAUGGGGCGCUGACGGCCGUUACACACAGAACGGACUGAUGCUGGUGUACCCCGAUGGCCAAGGAAACGGGCGGGACUAUGCGAUGAAGAGCUAUAAGAAUGUGAAGGAGCUGGAGGGGGAUAAGGUGGAGUUGCUGCCGAGUAAGAGGGAUGUGCUGAGGGCUGCGCCGGCAUAUUCAGAGGAGUUGAAUGUCGAAGGGGGAUAUGUGAAUUGGGGGUCUGGGUGGUCGGAUGCGGGGGCGACGGUUGCGUAUGCGAAGCAGCUUCUUGAUAAGGAAGGGAAGGUUAUUUUUAAGACAGGGGAGGUGGAGCGGUUGCUCUACGAUGAGGAGAAGAAGGAUAAUGUUACGGGUGUCGUACUGUCCGACGAAACUACCCUGACAGCGGACUUGGUCGUCCUCGCGACAGGCGCCUGGACAGCGAAACUCAUCGACCUGCGCGGCCGAACCCUUUCCACCGGCCAGGCACUGGCCUACAUGCAGAUCACCGACGAGGAACAAGAACGCCUCUACAACAUGCCCACCGUCCUCAACUUCGCAACGGGCAUGUUCAUCAUUCCGCCACGGGACAACCUGCUCAAAAUCGCCCGCCACGGCUACGGCUACCACAAUCCGGUGACAGUUUCCGUACCGGGCCCCGACGGCAAGGGAACGAUGCAAGUCAGUAUCCCAGAGAAGGGCGUCCCCAUUCCCCUCGAAGGCGAGGAGGCUUUCCGGGACGCAAUGAAGCAGUUCCUUCCCGAUCUGGCGGAUCGACCAUUUGUCAAGACUCGCGUCUGCUGGUACACAGACACCCCCGAAGGCGACUUCAUCGUAACCCACCAUCCGACAUCCAAAAACCUCUUUAUCGCCACCGGCGGCAGCGGCCACGCCUACAAAUUCUUUCCCGUGCUAGGCGACAAAGUCGUCGAUGCAAUUGAGGGCACGCUGGACCCCGAAUUGCAGAACAUGUGGAAGUGGCCAGAAGCCAAGGGUGCGGAUGUGUUUGAGGGGACUGAGGAUGGGAGUCGGUCGGGACAAAAGGGGCUUGUGUUGAUGGAGGAGUUGGCGAAAUCGAAGAGGGAGAGUAAGUUGUAGGUGUAGCAUAUAAGGCGAGGUGGCCAUUUUAUAAGUAUGUAUAUAUAUAUGUGUGUGUUUCCAUGGAGAAUUGUAGGUUUAGUCAUUAUCUGGUUCAAAUUUUCUGGCUCUGAAGUAGACUUGUGAAAAACAAAAACAACAACAGAAAGAUGUCCAAGCCA